AUGAAAAAUGUAUUUUUAACAGGUGGUAGUGGUUUUUUAGGAAAAUAUAUAAUUGAAGAAUUAAUAUCAAAUGGAUAUAAAGUAUUUGCAUUAAGUAGAUCAGAAACAUCAAAUAAAGUUUUAAGUCAAAUGGGAGCAACACCCGUUAUGAGCUCUUUACAUGACGAACAAGGUUUGACUGAAGCGAUUAAAGGUUGUGAUAUAGUUAUUCAUUGUGCUGCGAAAUUAGAAACAAAUUCAGAAUCUGUUCAAGAAUUAUAUAAAGAUAAUAUAGAUGCUACUGAAUUAUUAUUCAAUAUAUGUAACCAGUCAAGUACAUCAUCAGUCAGUGUAUUUUGUUUCAUAAGUAGUGAAGGCGUGAUAAUGAAUGGCGAAAAUAUAAACAACGCCACCGAGGACACGCCAUACCCCCCCAUCGAGCAAUUGGGGUGGUAUAAUAAAAGUAAAGCAAUCUCUGAACAGUUUUUAUUAGCAACACAAUCGUCGAUGAGUAGAAUGAAAACCAUUGUGAUUCGAUUGCCAUUGGUUUGGGGUAGCAGAGACAACGUUUUAGAUUAUCUCGUUGGAUUAUGUAAUAAAUUCCAAUGGUUUUGGAUCGGUGGUGGAAAGAAUUACCUAUCAAUUGUGCAUGCAAAGAAUGCUUCCUAUGGAAUUAGAUUGGCAAUUGAAAAAGGUGACAACCAAGAUAUCUUUCAUUUAACCGAUGGCGAAUCUGUACAAUAUCGUAAAUUUUUCACUGACAGAUUCAAAAAGAAAGGUGUCUCUACAAAUAAACUUCAUAUGGUUUUACCAACUCCAAUAGCCUUAUCACUAGUAUGGAUUAUGGCUUUAAUUUGGAAAUUAUUCAAUUUAAAAGGUUUACCAUUACUCACUAAAACUGGUUUAAUUUAUUCUUCAAAAAAUUUUACAAUCAAUGAUGAUAAAGCUAGAUUAAAAUUAGGUUAUACUAAUAAAAUUAAUUAUAACCAAGGAAUGGAUGAAUUAUAA